GCGGGCAGCAGGUGAGCGCGGGCGGGGACAGCCGGCCCCGCUGCCCUCAGCCCUCCCUCAUCGCCUGCCUCCAUCCCCGGCUGGGCUCCGCUACCGACCCGCGGCAGGAGGACUCUGCUCCUGUCAGCACAGCUCUGUUUCACUGCUCCCUGGGUGAACAGGUGAAGCCAGCCCAGAGAGAGACUUCACUCACCUUUUAAUGAACAUCAGAAAACAGGUUCAGCUGGUCACUCAUUGAUCUUUUUAUUGCCACUCCUGGUUCUCCAAAUCCUGCUCUCAUCAUGGCCUAAACCUCUUUAUUGAGGGGUUCUUCUGUGUGGAUGUUCCAAUGACACAGAAGCAGUGCCACGGCCUCCUACCCGGCAGAGCUGCUCCCCAGAGCCAGAGGGAUGGUGGUAGUCACGGGGCAGAGCAAAGCGAGUGCCACCCCGGAUGAUGCCAUGUCGAGCUCGGAUGCAGAGGAUGAUUUCCAAGAGCCGGCCACUCCCACCGCCACCCAGGCAGGACAAGCGCUACCUCUGCUGCCCCAGCAGUUCCCAGAAGUUGUCCCACUGAACGUGGGGGGGAUGUUCUUCACCACCAGACUGUCCACGCUGCGCAGGUACGAGGACACCAUGCUGGCAGCCAUGUUCAGUGGCAGGCACUACAUCCCCACAGAUGCUGAGGGCAGGUACUUCAUCGACAGGGAUGGCACCUACUUUGGAGACAUACUAAACUUCCUACGGUCGGGUGAGCUGCCCCCCCGAGAGCGAGUGAGGUCAGUGUACAAGGAAGCUCAGUAUUAUUCCAUAGGACCCUUGCUAGACAAUCUAGAGGAUAUCCAGCCUCUUAAAGGAGAAAAAGUUAGACAAGCUUUCCUGGGCCUAAUGCCAUAUUACAAAGACCACCUGGAGCGGAUCAUCGAGAUCGCCAAGCUGCGGGCCAUGCAGAGGAAGGCCAGGUUUGCCAAGCUCAAGGUGUGCGUGUUCAAGGAGGAGAUGCCCAUCACUCCCUACGAGUGCCCCCACUUCAACUCCCUGCGCUUCGAGCGCAGCGAGAGCGAGGCCAAGCUCUUUGAGCACCACUGCGAGGUGGACGUGUCCUUCGGGCCCUGGGAGGCCGUGGCCGACGUCUACGACCUCCUGCACUGCAUCGUCAGCGACCUGUCGGCGCGCGGCAUCACCGUGGAGCACCAGUGCAUCGGCGUCUGCGACAAGCACCUCAUCAACCACUACUACUGCAAGCGCCCCAUCUACGAGUUCAAGAUCACUUGGUGGUGACUGGGGGCACAGAGAAGGGUCAGGGGACUGCCACAGGACAGAUGUGCUUUCAGGGUCACCUGGUGGUGGCACAUCGAGGGGUGAGAGGACUUCUAGAGGAUAAAUGUUCUUUCUAAGUCGCCUGGUGGUGGGUUGUGGUGGCAAAGAGGGGUGAGAGGACUUCUAGAGGACAAACGUUCUUUCACCAUCGCCUUGUGGUGAGUGUGGUGGCACUGAGGGCUCCUAAAGGACAAAUGUUCUUUCAAGAUCACCUUGUGGUGAGUGUGGUGACACAUCAAGGAGUGAAAGGACUUCUAGAGGAUAAAUGUUCUUUCAAGAUCAUUGGUGGCGAGUUGUGGUGGCACUGAGGGGUGACAGGACUUCCAGAGGACAAAUGUUCUUUCACCAUCGCCUUGUGGUGAGUGUGGUAGCACUGCGGGGUGAAAGGACUUCUAGAGGACAAAAUGUUCUUUCAAGAUCAUUGGUGGUGAGUUGUGGUGGCACUGAGGGCUCCUAAAGGACAAAUGUUCUUUCACCAUCGCCUUGGGGUGAGUGUGGUGACACUGAGGGGUGAGAGAACUCCUAAAGGACAAAUGUUCUUUCAAUAUCAUGUGGUGGUGAGUGUGGUGGCACUUAAAAAGGGUGAAAGGACUCCUAGAGUACAAAUGUUCUUUCAAGAUCAUCUGGUGAUGAGUUGUGGUGGCACUGAGGGGUGAGAGGACUCCUAAAGGACAAAUGUUCUUCCAACAUUGUCUUGUGGUGAGUGUGGUGGCACAAUAAGAGGUGAAAGGACUUUUAAAGGACAAAUGUUCUUUCAAGAUCACCUGGUGAUGAGUUGUGGUGGCACUGAGGAGUGAAAGGACUUCUAGAGGACAAAUGUUCUUUCAAGAUCACCUGGUGAUGAGUGUGGUGGCACUUACAGGACAAAUGUUCUCGGCAGUUGCCUUGCUGCUCACAUUCCUUGGGAUCAGCCUGCUGGCAGGGGUUGGGAAAACCUCUGGAAACUUGACAAACCAGCCUGAACUCAGACUGUUGGCUCAGGUACCUUAACGAGGCACAAAACAAAAUCACCUCAUGCAAAGGAUGGAGGGGAGUGGCUGAACAUCUGCUCAAGGGUGCCACCAACCACGUGGCUUCAGGAUGGAAUUGCAGAUUUUUCCUGCAUUUUUGGGAAUCUGGGGUGCUACUAAAGCUGACAUUUCAGUUUUACCCUCUUAGAAAUGUUUUAGUUCCUCCUUCAGCUUUAUAAAGUUUGAGUCACACCCAACACAAAGAUCUGGAAAUGUCAUUUUGAUGUACUAGAUAAUUAAAAAAAAAAGGAAUAUUCCUUAUAUAUAAUUAAUUGUUGUCAGGGUUAAGCUGUAUUUCUUUUUUAAUUAAGAAUCUACGUUGUGAAUUAUAAUGUUGUACUUCAAUUAUUUCUGUUGUUAUCAAAAGGAAUAGAAGAUCUGGAAUAUCUUCCUUAAUGCUUUUAGGAAUAAUAACUGUUCAUGGAAGACUUGUGCCUGUUUUUAGCCUUAGAAAUUUUAAAUGUUUACAAUAUCUACAAAAAAAAAAAAAAGCUCUUUAGAAUCAGGUUAUUUGCAAAGGCUUUUGGUAAAUGAGAAAACCCUGUCUGUAUGUUCCUAUUAGCAGCAGUAAGAGGAAUAUUUAAUGUAUAUUAUUUUAUUACUGACUCUUUUUACAUUCUGUGAUAUUCAACUUUAUUUUAGACUUAAAGUCAGAUGAUAUUAGACGACAAGUGCUUCCUUCACCUCACCUUUUUUAGACAAUUAAAUCUUAAUUUUAUCCUUCUUCUUGACCCUUCUUGGUGUCAUAGGAGGAAAAACAAAAUUCAAACUUCAUAUUCAGAUACUUCUCCACUCUAAAGCAGUAGGAAAUUCCUUUCCACGCUGGAAGAGGCAGCCACUGCAGAAUCAUAUUUUCUUUGGAAGGUCUUUUUGUACUUCUGACAUCAGCAACCACAUCCCAAAUUUCAACUACUGAAUUCAGCCCAAAACUGAGAGGGAGAAAAGUCUGAAAAUCUUAUUGUUUUGUGAAGUACAGAAAACCCCAACCCCCUUGAAGUGGCUUCAAAAUAAUCUUAAAGAGAAAGAAAAAGGAAAUAUUUGUAUAUUGCAUUCCAUUGGAUUAAUUAAAAAGCUAAUUACUGAUGUAAUUAAAGGUUUUGUAGCUUCAUUUUACCCUGGACAAUUUAUAGACCCCACUGGCUUUAAGUUGUGGUUGGCAUUACUGAGCCCUGAAGAUUUUUAGGUUUUCACAACUGCACAGAGAACCCAAGAUAGUUCUAAAUUUUGGGCUAUGACAAAAAAAAUCCCUCCAGUCUUUGAUUAUCUUUCUGCAAAUAAGCAGAUUUCAGAGGAUAAUUCUAUCUCCUGUAUAUAAUUCUCUAACUGGAAAUCACUUUCCAGAACAGCAGUUCAUAGUUCAUUUUACUUACACGAGCUUAGGAUAAGUUUACCUCCACUUUCACUGUGACUUUUCUAAAUGGAUUUUGUUUUGCUGAAUUAUAAAUUGUAUGUGUCUAUGCAUUGUAACCCGUAAUGCCUUUGAAAAUCCAGCCUGGAUGCUAAUGAUCAGGGUUUGGAAUUCUCUCCAAAUGUGUUUUGUUAAUAAUUAUGUUGAUGUGUGAUGUUCAAUACUGUGAGUACUGCAGUGUAUUAUUUCUUAGUACUUUUGACUUUUCAGUUCAGGUAAUAUAUAAUCUGUAUGUUUUUUAUUUAAAACACAUAGAAGAAAACGUGGAUAUAAAGGUUGUGUUGUGCAAUAAAUUAUGAUACUGAAAA